AUGAAAACAAUAGAUAAAUAUACAUUGCUCAAUUAAAUAGGGUAAGGACAAUACGGCAAAGUAUACAAGGCGAAUAAGCAUAACACUCAAGAAUAUUAUGCAAUCAAAGUCAUCAAACUGACUCGAUUUAAACAAUUACCGAAAUUAACUUAAUUCACAAUGAACGAAGUGGAAACAUUAAAACGAAUUAACAACCCAAAUGUGAUCAAAUUUAUCGAAUUAUUCAAUUCUAAGAAUAACCUAUAUUUAGUUUAUGAGUUUUGCAAUGGUGGUAAUCUUGAAGAGUAUAUUCAAAGAAGCCGGAACCUCAGGGAAAGCGAUGCGAUGGAUAAAUUUGCUUAAUUAUUGAAUGGGUUUGAAUCUUUGCAGAAGGAGAACAUUCUGCAUCGAGAUUUGAAGCCUUCCAACAUUCUUUUGCAUGACAACAUUGUGAAGAUAGCAGAUUUCGGUUUUUGUAAAAAUAUUGAACCUUUCGAUCUCACUUAAACAAUGGUAGGAUCUCCAAUUUACAUGGCCCCUGAAAUCUUGUUGGGAGAACCCUAUAGCUUCUCUGCUGACAUCUGGUCUCUUGGAGUGUGUCUUUACGAGAUGCUGUUUGGAAGAUGUCCCUAUGAAGACGUGACCAUUCCAAGAUUAAUGUACCAAAUCCAAAAUCAACCUGUAACGAUGCACACCAUAUUAGCUGACAUUCCCUUACCAAAUCGGAGAGGGAAUCGAACGACUGUUGAGAAGGAUGCUCACUGUUGA